GGUCACGCGCGGCUGGCUACAGUGCCUCCCGAGGCUUUCGUUGGUGACGCCGUCCACUGGCAGCUGUCACCCUUACACGGGCAGACACCACGUUCCACGUGACAUCACCUUUUACGCCACUUUCUACCUACGCACUGCUGAUGAGGUCUCAGUAGGGCUGGAACAGCUGUCCAAUGCUGGUACGGUGACGUUUCGGUUGAACUCGUAUACUUACGGCAUUGUUUGUUUACCGUGCACAACCCAACCGCAACGACCUAACUAAACCGUGUGAGGAGUAGGUACAAUCAGUGUUCCUUAACGUGCGCCAAAGCCUUGGCAACGAUCCUGUUUUCAUGUGCAAGAAGCCUGGUUAUCCUAUAUACCGAUGAAGUAUCUCUACAUAAAAGCCGAUAGACCGCCCAUGAGAUCUUCCUCCUCCUCGUUUUUUUUUCCUUACAAGCAAACAAACAUCAUCAUCAUUGUCACGGGUGACGAAGAGGCGGCCGAAGAAGAAGACGAAAGAGCUAUUUAGACGUGCUGAGUGUGCAGAACGUCCAUAUCAGGAACCGACAAAGCAGCAAAGACUGCGCGAUUUCGCCAGUGAUUUGGAAUGGCGGCAGCCGCACAAGAUGCUGAAGCUCUUUCUUCUACAUCUUCUCCGGAAGAAGCCAAUGCGAGUGUCGACAGUCUCGCUAUCCAGGGAAUGAUCGCCUUCUCCCUGAUAGCAUUUUCUGGUGUUCUUCGCCUUCUAGAAGGCAAAACGAACGUCUCGCACAGCCUCGUGGUCCUGACUGUGGCAACAUUGGGCUCGUACGUCAUGUCCCGCAACAAAGAAUCUCCAAGUUUUGCGGACAUGGAGUUAGGAUUCUCGCAGGGUGAUGUCCUCGUAAUGUUUCUUCCGGCUCUCGUGUUUCACACCUCGGACGGAAUCAAUUUCUACCUCUUGAGGAAAUGUCUGUCGGAGAUCCUGCUGUUCAGCGUAGGCACUACAGCCAUCAACACGUACCUCUGCGCGGAAUAUAGCAUGGCAAUGCUGGAGACCGACGAAGGUAGGCGAUGGUCCUUCAUUCUGGGAGCCCUGCAGGCCAGCUCGGACAGAGUAACCUUUUCACAGAGGCUCUUGAGCCCACAUAAACACCCCAUGCUGUUGACAAUACUGAACACCGAAACCCUCGUGAGCACCGUCUUAUCGUGGGACAUCAUCAAUUUUGCCUACACCCGGAUUCAGCAAAAUCCUAAUACGAGUAUGCUGCCUUUGGUGCUGGAACUGGUCUACUCCAUGACGCUGAGCGGAAUCACCGGUCUCGUAAUCGGCGCUGUCGUCAUGAGCUUGCUCAACCGAGCCGAAUACAGAACCACGUUCAUCGUCAUCGUGCUUAUGGGCUCCGUGUAUGCGACAUUCUUGGUGCUACAAAUUGAAGAUGGAUGUGGCAUCCUGGGCGUCAUAGCCUUCAGCACCGUUUCGAACUCUCACACGCUGGUUACGUCGACGGAAAUCGAGAGCGUGCUUAGGAGCUACUGGGAGGUCCUCCACGACAUCGGCAAGGUUCUUACUCUCGUUCAGGCGUCCGUGUAUAUUGGCGUUCAGCUCAGCCGAAACGUCAUCUGGAAAGACAUGACAAGUUUCUUCAUCACGUACAUCGUUUGCUUCGGAAUUCGGGCCAUAGCCGUGGUUUGCAUGCUGCCGUUCCUGACAUCGGUGCACUACUCGGGGCGUUGGAAGCAGGCGUUCGUGCUCAUAUGGUUGGGAAUGCGAGGAUCCCUGCGGAUAUGCCUGGCUGUCUUGUAUUUCACUGAGUUUAAGAUGCCAGCGGGAGAUGCAACCAGGGGCGUCGUCCAUCUCAUUGGAGUGGCAUUCCUCGUGCAGGUCAUCAAUUUGUCCUUCCUUGAGAGCGUUCUCAAGGCCCUACGGCUUACAGAUGACUCGUACAUGGAACAGACGACGUACUCGAAUGCCUUGCGGUACAUCCGACACGCGACCCGGGUGGCGACAGUGGCCCAGAAAUCCGAGGCCGCCUUGGAAAGAGUCGACUGGACUUGGGUCGCCAACCGCACACGGAUAGAAGCAUUGGACGGAACUGAAGAUAAUCUCAGAAAGCGCACCAUGAACAUGCUCGGAUUAACCAAGGCGGACAGGGGAGUUCCUCAGGGCGAGUCCAGCAUGAAGACGUUCGAGUUCGCAAUUGAGAAUGCCAUACGCAUUCAAAGAGUGAGCUACCAGAGACAGUACGUGGAAGGAAUGAUUCAGAAGAAGACCGAGGUUCUCCUGAUCGCUGCGCUCCAAUAUCCCCGUGCAACGAAGACAUACCUCAACGUCGACAUGAUCCGCGACCUCAUAGCUGUGCCUCCAUGGGUCUUGUGGGUGAAGACUCUCCUAAGUAGUAUCCGGCCUACUCACCAAUUCGACGACACGCUAGACGAGGAGACAGAGGACGAAGAGUGUGACUUCGACCGUACUUUCCGCGAAGAAGCUUUGGAUUAUUUCGAACACCGCUAUUACGAACUGAUUGUAGCCAGCACAACAGCUAGCUUCGUGUUAUGGCUGUGGGGCUGUUUUGAAUCUGCUUCACGCAGUCCUCUGUGGGCCACGCUCGGAGUUGUCCUGGAAGGUGUUUACAUGACUGGCUUCUUCACAGAAAUCGGAUUGAAGAUAUACGUUUAUGGGAACAGGAUCAUAGGCACGGAGUAUUCCAACCAGCUCGAUUUGCUACUGCUCUGCUGUUGCUCGAUUCUCUUCCCAACGCAAUGUGCGUUCGCGUACAUGGGUUUGCCAGAACAGCGUCGGUUGGCCAACAUAUUUCUGGUUCUCAUCUCCACACGCCUCAUUCUCCUAAUUGAUUAUAUUGAGGACCUGUGGGACUUGUUAUUGUCCGCGAUGCACCGUUACAUGGACUCCAUCAUAUACACGGCCUACGAAACCGGACUGGCUGUUAUCAAGGGCGAAGAAGAAGUUCGAGAGAAUAUUUGGAAGACGCUGGACGAUACCCUGGCUGAUAGGAUACGCGUUCAUGCAGGGGAGAACCGCUUAGAGGUUCUAAGACAGGUUGUGGAGGUGCACGCAAGAUUCCCUGGAGUGGCGGUUGCUUUUAAGAGUAGACGGGCCUGUCAGAGUAUUCUGAACGAGGUGCAGAAGGACUUGGUUCGCAUUUACAAAGAUGGAGACAUCGAUUACACAGAAUUCAAGAAGAUGAUGAAAGCAAUUCAUGUAUCCAUGCGUGAAAUCGUGAACGCUCCGUGUAGUUUCCGGAGCAGUUACAAGCCAAUCUCUGUGUUGCGAUCUGUCCCUUGGAUGGGAAGCGACCAGCUGCGUCAGUUCCUUGCGAUAAUGAUCCGUCCCGUAUCCUACGAGCCCGGUGACGUAAUCAUACGUUUAGAUGACGAGAACCCCCUCAUUGUCACUCAUUCAGGAAUAGUGAAGGGUUUCGGCGAAGUGGGCGAAAACGUCGACGGAGCCCUGCCGAACACUGCUUCCUUCCUAUACUUUUACAGCGACGGCUACUUCGAAGACUAUAUAGUAGCCCCGGAUGUGAUUGGUGUCCUGACGGUCGUCUCGGACAAGCCUUGCGUCACGACCGUCAUUGCAGAAACUGCUGUCAAUGCGUAUCAGAUACCAAAGCAGCGUCUCCUGGAAGCCAUAGAUGUGUUCACAGAAUGGCCCAGCUUCCGCUACCAGCUGUGGCGCCACAUCUGCGACACAUUGAGUACGCCACUUUUGCAGUCGCAGCCGCAAUACCAGACGUGGCCAACAGAAAAGGUGAAGCAUCGUCUGGAAAACAUGUUGAUGCCGAAUCUGAUGAACGCUAAGAGUUUUCACGUCAGCCCCGACAUCGAGGAUCUGUUGCUUAUUCAGGGGCGCAUUAUGGACGCUAUGACGGAGGAGGAAUACUUCGCCCCUCUGUACGUCCCAAAAGAAGUCACAAGGAUAUUGUUCCCUGGAGAAGUAUACAGUCGUCCUUGCCCAGUGAUGGUCAUCGUAGCAAACAAGCACUACCGCCUGCCAUCAAGUAUCGAUUGGGAGAAGGCGGAGAGAAAAGUGAAAGGACAAGAUUUAUCGGACUAUAGUUUUUUCAACAGAUACAUGUUCUCAAAUAUGUAAAAGGUAGCGGGUAACAGGUCUGAAAGUUGCGGGACAUCGAAACACGGAUUCCACGCUAGCAUCAGUUAAUUGUUUUCUACGCAUUUUAUUAUGCACCGAGAUACAUAGAGCACGAUUCAGCCUGAAGUAUGGAACUUUUGGAAGUAACUUUACGCAUGCUGAAAUAAAGUCUCAUAUGCGUAUAUGUAUUAUUAAUUUU